AUGGUAUCAGAUGCAGCAGUGUUUACCGUGUUAACUGGAAGCAUGAUUAAAAUGAAUACAAUCUGGAUGGACGGAAGGCGUGGAAUCACUACUGAUAUGAACUACGAACAGACUUUCCAGGCUGGUGUGCCCUCCCAGCCAAUGGAUCGCGGAUUAGUAGCACCGGGCAUUCAAGAUCCUGAUGCGUAA